GCCCCGUGGCUGUGCCUCUAGCCCUGCCGUCCGGUCUCCCGGGCUCCGGCUCAGCCAUGGCGCUCAACAACUUCCUCUUCGCGCAGUGCGUCUGCUACUUCUUGGCCUUCCUCUUCAGCUUCGUGGUGGUGGUGCCGCUGUCCGAGAACGGGCACGACUUCCGCGGCCGCUGCCUGCUCUUCACCGAGGGCAUGUGGCUGAGCGCCAACCUGACGGUGCAGGAGCGCGAGCGCUUCACGGUGCAGGAGUGGGGCCCGCCGGCCGCCUGCCGCUUCAGCCUGCUCGCCAGCCUCCUCUCGCUGCUGCUCGCCGCCGCGCACGCCUGGCGCACGCUCUUCUUCCUCUGCAAGGGUCAUGAGGACUCUUUCUUCUAUGCCUUCCUGAACCUGUUGGUCAGCGCCCUCGUGGUCUUCCUCGUCUUUAUCGCCAGUACCAUUGUGAGUGUGGGAUUCACCAUGUGGUGUGAUGCCGUCACUGAGAAGGGCACUGUGCCGCACAGCUGCGAAGAGCUGCAGGACGUCGACUUGGAGCUGAAUGUGGACAACUCCGCCUUCUACGACCAGUUUGCCAUUGCCCAGUUCGGCCUCUGGGCCUCGUGGCUGGCCUGGCUGGCCACCACCGUGCUGGCCUUCCUGAAGGUCUACCACAACUACCGCCAGGAGGACCUGCUGGACAGCCUGGUCCACGAGAAGGAGCUGCUGCUGGCCCGACCGGGCCCCCGCGCCACCUGCCAGGAGGACAAGAAUGCUGUCAUCUAGCCCCCACCCCACCCAGAGUCCUGCCCAUCCUGGGAGCUGGGGCUCUGCCUACCCCCCAAGCCGUGCACAGCUUUGCAUGCCCCCUCCCUCUUGGCCCUGUGUGGACUGCAGGUGGCCCCGCCCUUCAAGAGCCCAGUGUCUACCCGGGAAGAGGAAACCGUGACUGAGAGGGGCAUGGGCCUGAAGAUGGGGUGUUGGAGAAACCUGGGGUUGUGAGAAAGUCUGUCAGGUGCACCUUAGAAGAGACUCGUGUGGGCUGGGCCCUUCCAGGCGUCCUGCAGGGGCAGACACACCCAUCCCAGCAGGACAUACCUGUCUUGGCAGAACACACCUGUCCCAGCAGGACACACCUGUCCUGAAGGUCACACACUUGUCCUGCAGGUGUGGACACACCUGUCUGCCAGCACUGGCCUGGGUAAGCCUGGGGGGCUGAAGGGUGGGCUGUGGCCCCUUGGGUCCUCUGGGGUCCACAUUCUGUGUGCCGAUGUGCUGUGUGCCACUUACCCAGGUGUGAAGGUGCUUUGCAUCUGGUCAGUUACCUGCACGAUCCCGGGAAGCACCUGUCCCCAGAGUGGCUCCCCACCCCGCGAUGGCCAGAUGUCCUGGCAUCGCUUGCUGCUGAAUCUGGGAGCAGGGCCUCGAGUGCGGGAGAAGCUCCCAGUGCGUCCCCCGCCUCUGACCUGGGCGCCCCUCCUCCCUGCUGGGUGCUGAGUCUCCCUCAGCUCCUGCUCCAGGAUCCCUCCCCUGGGAGCUGGAGCUGACCCAGGUUCAGGGAUGGUGGUGUCACCUGGAUCAGGUAUCAUGCUGGAUCAGGUGGUGGCUGCCUGUACAUCCUGGGGAAUGGCCGUGCUGUGGGGACCUGGCUGGGGGAGACCACAUGGUCUGGCUGGGGGAGGCCCCAGUGAGCUUGUUUCUCUGUGUGGGCUCUGCCUGUGCUUGGGGGUGAUGAAUGCGGGUGUUUGGGCGACAGGGCUCCCCCUUAUCUAGUAGGGGAGUGAACAUGCACACGUGGAAUGAGGGGACCGGUGACACUGCAGCUGUAGGUCUGUGUGUGUGCAUGCGAGUGCAUGUGUGAGUGUGUGAACGUGUGUGUGCAUGCGUGAGUACAAGUGUGCACAUGAGUGUGAGUGUGCAUGACUGUACGUGUGUGUGCAGUGUGUACCUGUGUGUGUGUGUAUGUGUGAGUACAAGUGUGCAUGAGUGUGCAUAAGUGUACCUGUGUGUGCAUAGUGUCUACCGGUAUGUGUGUCCGUGUCAGUACAAAUGUGCAUAUGAGUGUGAAAGUGUGUGCAUAGUGUGUGUGUACCUGUAUGUGUGUGUGCGUUUGUGAGUGUGUGUGUGUUUACCUGAGUGUUCUUGUGUGUGGGUACAUGUGUGUGUGCCGGAAAGUUGUAGUGUGCGGGCUCUGUGUGGGGCAGAGGUCAGAGAGAGAAUGGGGUACACUGAGCUCCUUCUCCGUGGCCCCUGUUCCCCUUGGGUGCCCACCGAGUACCUCUGCCUGAGAGGAGGGUGGUAUCACCCCCACUUUGUAGAGUCUGCUGCACUGAGGCCCAUGGAGAGGGGUGGCACCUCAGCUGGAGUAGCAGGCAGGCUGAGAGGCUGGGUGUGACCUGGGGACCAGGAGCUGGUUCCCCUGCCUCCGUGGGGAGCCACCAGAACUGUUGGGCUGUGCGGCCCCAAGCCGGGCACUGGCCCCCCUGACUCCCCCAGCUGUGGGCCCCCCCACCCCGGGAAGUGUGCCUGUGAGCUUGCCGUCCUUGCUCCCAAGGGUGGGGGGCCUCAGGGGUCAGAGUGCACAUCUCCCCCAUGGUGGAAUGUACACACUUUCCUUCCCCUGUGCUACAAAGCUCUCUCUGUGCCACUGCCCCCCGGCUCACCAUCUGGGGUGUUUCCCCUGUCUAUCACCAAUACCGGCUGGUCUAUCUCCAAACAGGGAAAACCAGGAAUCCCAGAGGCACCCGUGGCCCCAGGCCUGGUCUGGCUGCCAGGUGGGGUUGCUUUCUGGUAAGGAGUGAGGUUGCCUGUCAGGCCAAUGCACAGGGUCCAGGGUCAGAGCCCGACGGUCAGGGCCCAGUGGGCAUAGCACCUCAGAGCCCACUGGGCAUGUCUAGGAGCACCUGAGUUCUAGGGGAAGGUAUAUGGCAGAAUCCGAGGCCACAAAGCUGAUCUGGGGUCCCAGGCUCCCUGCUGGCCCUACCCCAACCCACUCUAUGUGCUCUAAUCCCUUCUUGCGGGACCCUGUCCAGACGGAGAGCUUCUGGUCCCCCCAGGAGGCAGAGUGGCCCAUCUGGCUGGUGGCCACCAGGACCACCCAGGAGGGCUGGGCAGGGCAGGAAGGCCGGGGCCAGGUCCUUCCUUGGCAGCUGCCCCUCCUGGGUCCAGGGACCUGGUCUGGGCAGCCCCGGCUUGGGGGUCAGCAGAGGCCUGCCUGUGUAUUCUGCAGAGUGGGGAUGUCCUGACGCACGAACCCAUCUCCGCUGUGCCUGCACCCCUGCACCCAAACACCAGUGCUCUGGGUGCUUCUAGGAAGGGGACAGCCAGAGGUGUGCUGGGGCACCAGGGGGGCUGACUCGCAGCAGGCCUGGUGCUGGGGUGCAGAGAGGAGGUGGAGGACAUGACUUGGGGCUCCUGAAAUGAGCCCACAGCUUGGCCCUACGACCCUAUGACCCUUUGCUUUCCUCCUUGCAGCGGUUUUGAUAGCAGACAUCCUUGUCCUCAUCCCUCCUCUGGCCACGCGGGGUGUGACUAUUCUUAGACCUUACUCGUAUCUGUUUCUCAAAGUAAAAAUAAAAACACCCGACUCUAGUGUGGGCGGCAAGGAGUCUCUCUGUUCUUUCUGUCCGUCCCUCUCAUCAGCUCACCUUAUCUCCGUUGUCUUAACUACUUAAGUUUUAAGAUGAAAACGUUGCCCCUGUUGCUUGAGUCUCAGACAUGGAAAGGAAGUGGACACUGGGCUCCCCGUGGGCAUGAUUUCAUGUCCGUUUCUGGGUGGACUUGACUACCGAGCCCCACUGCGCCUGGCCCCUGUGGGCAAAGCUCAGCCCAGGAACACAUU